UGCAUUUUUCACACUCGGGACGUGCCAAAGGACUGGAGUGGGUGGGCCGCCCCGGAUGCAUCCGCACAGGUGCGGAGGGCCACCUACCUGCUCCGAAAUCCGAUUGCAUCUGCCGCGAGCGCCUCGCCGCCGCUUUGAAAGGCUGGGGAAACGCGAAAGGACUCCGGGCUGCAGGCAGCGCAGCCCGUGCAAAGGCUGUUUGGUUGCAUAGAUGAUCUUUCGCUCCCCCCCUUCCCUCGGAGGCUGGUUCAGUUGCUCAUGACGUGCCUCUCUCGCUGAGCUGCCAGCCCUCCUGCUCACUCGCUCCUGCCUCCCGCUGCAGCUGCCUUGCAUUAUUAGCCCCCCCCCGCCUCCCUCGCCGCCGCUUUGCAAGCCAGCCUGAUUCAUUUUCCUUGCCGCUCUUGGAGGAAGAAAGCAGCAGGGAGGGGGAAGAGAGAGAGAGAAGCGGCUGCUUUUUAAAACCCCAACCCCCCGCAUUACUCUUCGGAAUCUGCAUUUUUUGUCCCUUUAAUUAAUUGCAAGGAGGCUCUGGAGCCUGUGAUUCUCCUCGCCAGAUGAACGUUUCCUUGGAUCCUUGGACGUCUUGACUCCGGAUUACUCGGGGAAAAGGAAAAAAAAGAAAAGAAAAAGUGUCUGAACAGUGCUUGAACGGAGAUAAAAUAGUCCAACAGCAGCUGGAGACUGGAAUAAUUAGUAACCAUGACGACAGAGACGGGGCCAGAUUCGGAGGUGAAGAAUGCCCAAGAGGAAACUCCGCAGCAGCCUCCAGAGGAGGCAGCGAGUGGGCCGAACGCAGUGACCGGUGGCUCCACACCCACGGCAAACAGCCAGGAAGCCGAGGCGAAUGAGAAGCCUGGUGCCCACAGCGACGCGAAGCAUGCAGAGCGGGCUGUGGACAUGGAUGAAAAAGACUACAGUGAAGCAGAUGGAAUAUCUGAGAAAACCACUCCCAGCAAGACCCAGAAAUCCCCUCAGAAAGUCACCAAGAAGCUCAAGAGUGCCAUCUGCAGAGUGACCCUACUUGAUGCCUCAGAGUAUGAAUGUGAAGUGGAGAAACAUGCCCGGGGGCAGGUGCUCUUUGACCUAGUCUGUGAGCACCUCAACCUCCUGGAGAAGGAUUAUUUUGGACUUACAUUCUGCGACUCGGAUAGUCAGAAGAACUGGUUGGAUCCCUCCAAGGAAAUAAAGAAACAGAUUCGCAGUGGCCCCUGGAACUUUGCCUUCACCGUCAAGUUUUACCCACCAGACCCUGCCCAGCUCACAGAGGACAUCACGAGAUACUACCUGUGCCUGCAGCUCCGAGCAGACAUCAUCAGUGGGCGCCUCCCAUGUUCCUUCGUAACGCAUGCAUUACUGGGCUCCUAUGCUGUACAAGCUGAACUGGGAGAUUAUGACGUCGAGGAGCACGUGGGCAAUUACGUUGGUGAGCUUCGUUUUGCUCCAAACCAAACUAGGGAGCUGGAAGAGCGUAUCAUGGAGCUGCAUAAGACUUACCGGGGCAUGACACCUGGAGAGGCAGAAAUUCACUUCCUGGAGAAUGCCAAGAAGCUUUCUAUGUAUGGAGUUGACCUGCAUCAUGCCAAGGAUUCAGAAGGCAUUGACAUCAUGCUAGGUGUUUGUGCCAACGGCCUUCUCAUUUAUAGGGACAGGCUGAGAAUAAACCGUUUUGCCUGGCCCAAGAUCCUCAAGAUUUCAUACAAGAGGAGUAAUUUCUACAUCAAAAUUCGACCUGGUGAGUAUGAGCAGUUUGAGAGUACUAUUGGCUUCAAGCUGCCGAACCACCGCUCGGCCAAGAGACUCUGGAAAGUUUGCAUUGAGCACCACACGUUCUUCAGGUUAGUGUCCCCGGAGCCUCCCCCAAAGGGCUUCCUAGUCAUGGGCUCUAAGUUCCGCUACAGUGGGCGAACACAGGCUCAAACGCGACAGGCCAGCGCCCUGAUCGAUCGUCCUGCCCCCUACUUCGAGCGCUCCUCCAGCAAACGGUACACCAUGUCUCGCAGCCUCGAUGGAGAAUUCUCUCGCCCAGCUUCAGUCAGCGAGAAUCACGAUGGAGGAACAGAGUCAGACAGGAGAGACGAAGACAGCAGGUAUGGAGGAAGAACGCGGUCCGAGACCGAGGAUGAAGAGGUGACCACCCCAACAAAAAUCAAGGAGCUAAAGCCGGAACAAGAAACCACCCCAAGGCACAAGCAGGAGUUUUUAGACAAACCGGAAGAUGUUUUGCUAAAGCACCAGGCCAGCAUCAAUGAGUUGAAGAGGACCCUGAAGGAACCUAACAGCAAACUCGUGCACAGGGACCGGGAUAGGAGGCUGCCUUCCUCGCCUGCCUCUUCCUCGCCCAAACAUGAGGAUGAGACACCAAGGGGAACCCCAGAGAAGGCCAACGAGAUGUCAGAAGAGGAUUCUCCAGAGGAUCUGUCAUCUGAGCAUGGAGCUGCCUUAAUCAUGGAGUCUUUUACACAGAAAAGCCUUGUUUCUUCUCCUGAGAGCAAAUUUCAAGAACCAGCUUGGGAAGAAAAGGAUUUGUCAGGCCCAUCAGUAAAAGCCUCCCCGAAAGAAGAGAGUUUAAUGGCUGCUCCUCCAGUGGCCCCUCAGAGAGCGGGAUUGAGGGAGGGCACAGAGGAGAAAUCUAAGCCACCUCGGCACAGGGCCCCCGAAAGUGACACUGGGGACGAGGAGCAAGACCAGGAGAGAGACUCUGUCUUCCUUAAAGACAACCACCUGGCCAUCGAGCGCAAGUGCUCAAGCAUCACGGUCAGCUCAACUUCCAGCCUUGAGGCUGAGGUGGACUUCACAGUCAUUGGCGACUACCACAGCGCCGCCUUCGAAGACUUCUCCCGGAGUUUGCCUGAGCUUGACAAGGAAAAGAGCGAGGGAGAAGCAGAGGGCGUGAUUUCUUCUGAGGAAUCGGACAAGCCAGCUCCCGUGCAGGAAGAUGUUGCCAAGGAAGGGGAGAAGGUUCCCCAAGUAAUCCCAGAAGAGUCCUCCAUGAAAACGGAAACUGUGAAAAAAGCAGAAUCGGAAACCUCUGUGCAGCAUAGAAUCACUGCAACAGAAAUUACGCAGGUUGAUGGUACCACCACAGGCGGAAAGGAGACAAUAACCACUUCCCACAUCGUCAGCACAGAAACCAUAUCAACAACCUCAGAUCACAGCACCAAGGCUGGGAAGGGAACAACAGAACUUCGCUCCAUCUCUCCAAUCACCAGCAGUGCUGUUGGGAAAGAAGCCUUCUCCAGUCUUUUUGGUGCCACAGCAGAAACCCUCUCCACCUCCACAACCACUCAUGUUACCAAGACUGUGAAAGGAGGAUUUUCUGAAACCAGAAUAGAAAAGCGAAUCAUCAUAACAGGAGAUGAAGAUGUGGACCAAGACCAGGCUUUGGCUUUGGCAAUCAAGGAGGCGAAACUGCAGCAUCCUGACAUGCUGGUAACCAAAGCCGUAGUAUAUAGAGAAACAGAACCAUCUCCAGAGGAAAGGGACAAGAAGCCUCAGGAAUCUUGACCUUCGUGUUUCUAAAAGUUGGCAUCUCUAUUUUAACUUUGGAGAAAGAGAAGGGGCCUUUAUGCUGGAUUCCUCAAUGAGACAUAGAACGUCCUGGCUGCAAGAAUAAUGUUGAGAGACAAAAAAAAAAUAAAAAUAAAAAAGGAAUAGCAAAUAUAUUAUAUAUUAUAUAUACAGGAAACAAAAUGCAUCCUUGCACUGCUGCUAUAUGCUGGAGAUGAAUUACAGACAGCAACAUCAGCAACAAACAAAAACCAACCACCUCUUCAAAUAAAUUGAAGAAUUGACUGGACUGAUCUAAAAGAAAGAAAAAAAAGUCACGAUGGUAAUAAUAUUAUUAUUAACAAUACAAUAAACCACCAUUCUGCAUGUUACAUUUAAAGGAUACAUAACUCAUUUGUUGCACACUGAAUGGAAAAGCAAGAAUGCUUUGCAACAAAGCAAGAAAUCAACAAGCAAAACAAGCAGAAAUACAAAAUGAUUCCCUGCAUAGGAAUGAAUCAAAAACCAUUCACUUGUAUAAUUCUUGUUUAAUUAUUUUCUGAUUUGGGAUGUGUGGUGAUCACUCUCUCUCUCCACUUCCAUGCCACUUCUGUUGCUUCAUCUUUGGUUCUGUUAUUUCCCCAAACCGCCCUUCCUUUCUCAACCUUUCGUCCCCCCACAUCCGGUUCUUUGUUCUUCUGAAGAUCAUUAAGACUGGAUUUCACUUAAAACAAAUCAAAAUAUGUAUAUGAUUUCUAUAUUUGAUCAAAAUGCAGCCUGUAGAGGUUUCAUAUGGAUGUGCUUUUAAGUUAUGUAUAUUAUAUAUAACUGGGGAGGGUGGGGAACGAUAUUAAAACAAAUUAAACAGUGCUGAUAAGUAUGACAA